GUCCAAUCCAGAAAAGUGAAUUUGCUGUCAGUGAAUGAGGAUGAAGGCAAAACACAGCUGCUAAACCUUCCAUUGGAUACACACCUCAAGGAGGUCACUGUGUCAGUCAGUGGAGAAAAUCCACAAAUUACUCUUAAAGACCCUGAAGGUGAGGAAACAUUUUUGGUAAAAAAUUGAGACAGUUAACUUUAUUUAGACGGUUAAGUUUGCUUAGACAGUAAACUUUCUUUAGACAUUAAACUUUAUUUAAAGUGUUAACUAUAUUUAGUUAACCUUGUUUAAACAGUAAACUUUGCUUAGAAAGUAAACUUUGUUUAGAAAGUUGACUUUAUUUAGACUAAUUCUGAAGUAAAAAUCUCACUCUGCAUUUUAUAUGACAAAAUAAUAAAUUAUAGGCUUAACAUUUCUUAGUAUACAAUAACAUUAACUAAAAUAAAUUGUACGCUAAAGUUUUUUGAGAAUUGAUACUUAUCACUAACAUUUUGAUAACAAAACCUAAGAGCAUAAUUUUUAAAAAAACAUGUCUUAGUAUAUAACAACAUUAGCUAAAUAGAAUUAUAAUAUAAAGAUUUUUGGUAACUUUUAAUACUUAUCUCAAACAUAAGAUUAUGAUUGAAUGAAAUAGUUUCAUUUUUAAAACUCAAUUUAAACCUAAAUUUAAGUUAAAAACUAAAAUAAAUAAUGCUUGGAAGUAUGUUUACAAUUAAAAUCUUAACUUUAAAAAAAAAUUAAUUAAGUUUAAAAUUCUGUAAAUAAUUGUUGAUUUUUUGCAUUGUUUAAAAUUUUUUUUAAUGUGUCUGUGAAACAGGAAACAAGAAACUGCUUGGGGAUGGUUUCACAGAGCUCCUUAGUCUAAGCAAUGUCAAAAUUGUCAACAUUAAAGAACCUGUUCCUGGGAACUGGAGACUUCGUGUCAGCAGUUCAGGAACACACAGCGUGAGAGUCACUGGCCUCAGCAGUGCAGAUUUUGUUGCUGGUUUCUCCAAAUACCCAUCAAAAGAUUUCUCAAAGACAGCAUUACGCCCCAUUCAAGGUAAAGGGAAGGAUUCUUUGUAUAAAAAAAAACUUUCAUCUUUUUGAUUGAAUUAACAAACAACUAUUCAUGAGAGGAUGAACUAACUUUUUAACCAAUUUCAUGUAUUUAUUUUUAAUCUUCACUACCAUUAUUUGUUUAUACUUAUUUCUACAUUUUAACAAUUUUAAAGAUAUAUUUUUUAAAAUAUGCAUUAUCAUAUGAUAAACUUACUAACAUUUUCAGGCAUUCCAACCAGUAUUCUGGUCAACUCCACCGGCAUUGAGCUGCCAUCAACUCUGAAUGAACUUGAACUUGUUGAUCUACGAGGAAAUACACUUGCUAAAUAUCCCUUGAAUCAAGAUCCAGAGAUUAAAACAUUAUAUAAUGUUACGCCCUUUGUACCACCUGAUCAAUAUUUUUAUGUGAAGGUAAAUAUAUUAGCAACUUUCCUCAAACAUGCUCAUAGUUAAUUUUAACUUUAAUGUAAAUUUUAUCAUUUCUUUGAGUGUAAAGAAUAUUUUUAAAAUAAUCUUGUUAUGCAAUACUGACAUUAAAUUUAAACAAAAUGGAGAGGGAUUCUUUGCGCAAAGUAUAAAUAUUUGUAUUCCUAAUCUAAAUUGCUUACCAUCCAUAACAUUAUGAAACUGUAGACAAUUUUUAAAACUUUGCCAUUCUGAGAGGCCUAAAAUAUCAUGUUAUGUUUUAGGUUACAGGCACAGAUGAUGAAGGCUAUGUCAUGCAGAGGACCACGCCCACCGC